UAGUGCAACCCAAGUCCCCUUUCGCUCUCCUUUUUUUUUUCCCCUCUUCUCUCUCUUUCUCUCUCCUCUAUUUCUCUUUCUGGAACAUUUCGUCGAACAGUUGGUAUACAUCGCCGGCAAACCACCGGUUAACGUCAAAACCAUCAAAAUUCAACAAUUACCCACUUCAAAACGGCGCGUUUCAGAUCAACCCAGUUAACAAACGCCAUCGUUUUUGUAAAAAAAUGAGAAAGAAAGGGUUUUUUAAAUAAAAAAAAAAUAUGGGAAAAGUUGGAUUUGGUUUAGCGGUAAGUAUAGCGGUGGUAACUUCGGCAGUUGCUGCGGCUGUGGUGGUAAAAAGGGUAAAAAGUCGGCGAAAGUGGCAAAGAGUUGUGGGUGUUUUGAAAGAAUUAGAAGAAUGUUGUGGGACCCAUGUUAGUAGAUUAAAACAAGUUGUUGAUGCUAUGGCUGUUGAAAUGCAUGCUGGUUUAGCCUCUGAAGGUGGUUCUAAGCUCAAAAUGUUGCUCACUUUUGUUGAUAAACUUCCUAAUGGGAGUGAGAAGGGAAUAUAUUAUGCACUAGAUCUUGGAGGUACUAAUUUUAGGGUCUUGCGGGUUCAGCUAGGAGGAAGAAGAUCCGGCAUCGUUAGACAUGAUGUUGAAAGGAAGCCCAUUCCCGAACAUUUAAUGACUAGCACCAGUGAGGAUCUGUUUGAUUUCAUCGCGACAUCACUAAAGGACUUUUAUGGUCAAGAGAAUGACAAAAGUUCAGAUCUUUCUCCUGUCUCAAGAAGGAAACUUGGUUUUACCUUUUCUUUUCCUGUAAAGCAAAUAUCAGUUUCUUCCGGAAUCUUGAUGAAAUGGACAAAAGGGUUUUCCAUUCGUGACAUGGUAGGAAGCGAUGUUAGUGAAUGUUUGCACCAAGCAAUGUCUAGACAGGGACUGGAUAUGCAUAUUGCAGCCUUGGUUAAUGAUUCUGUGGGAACUUUGGCGCUUGGACAUUAUAAUGACGAGGACACGGUUGCUGCAGUGAUCAUUGGGACUGGAACAAAUGCCUGCUAUUUUGAGCGGGCAGAUGCGAUCAUUAAGUCUCAAGGUCUCCCUACAUCUUCAGGAGGCAUGGUUGUCAAUAUGGAGUGGGGUAACUUUUGGUCGUCCCAUUUGCCUAGAACAUCUUACGACAUCGAGUUAGAUGCAGAGAGCCCUAAUCCAAACGACCAGGGUUUUGAGAAAAUGAUAUCUGGAAUGUACCUGGGUGAGAUCGUAAGAAGAGUCAUACUAAGGAUGUCCAAGGAGUCUGACGUAUUUGGACCUAUUUCUUCUAGCCUAUGUGAAGCUUUCAUCUUGAGGACGCCUUUAAUGUCGACAAUGCAUGAAGAUGACUCUCCUGACCUAGAAGAAGUAGCAAGAAUAUUGGAAGAGGUUCUCGGGAUUUGUGAUGUGCCUUUGAAAGUCCGGAAACUUGUAGUGAACGUAUGUGACGUGGUAACCCGGCGAGCAGCCCGUCUUGCAGCUGCCGGCAUUGUUGGGAUACUGAAAAAGAUCGGCCGAGAUGGGAGUGGUGGGGUUGCUAGCAGCAGGGCCAAAGGCUCAAGCAGCAGCAAUAGGUUAAAGAGAACAGUUGUUGCAGUUGAAGGCGGCCUAUAUUCAAAUUACAGAAUGUUCAGGGAGUACUUAAAUGACGCUGUGGCCGAGAUAUUGGGGGAGGAAAUCGCCCCCUUUGUAAUCUUAAAGGUCACUGAAGAUGGGUCGGGCAUCGGAGCUGCCCUGCUUGCAGCCGCUUAUUCAUCACCUGAGACUGUCGAUACGUAAAAAAAAGGUGAUUAAAAAAGGUUGUGUUGCCUUAUACAUAUAAUGUGUGCAUAUAUAUAAAUAUAUAUUUUACAUAAUAUAAGUAUAGGCUUUUGUACAUAGAUGUAGAAUUCAUUGGGGUCAGUCCAUAUGUAUUCAAUUAAUUAUAUGGUAGUAUAAGGGCUUUGAGAUAUGGGGGAUCUUGUGCAGCAGUUAGUAGGGGUGUUUGUUCUUUCCAACCAUUUCUUAUUGGUGUAGCACAAGUGUAAUUUGUUAAGAUUAGUGUAUUUGUUCUUGGUGGUU